GAAAAAAAUUCGACCCGGACCCGUGUGCGUGCCCAUUUCUCCGUGGCAUUUCGCUAAUUUCCGUGCAAGAAAAGGCGAUUUUUCUCGUGUUUCCGUGUUGUAACGUGAAGUAAAACACUCAGUGCAUAAAAAUGGCCCCACCAUCGUACUCCGAUCUCGGCAAACAGGCCCGCGAUGUCUUCAACAAAGGUUACCACUUCGGUCUGUGGAAGCUGGAUGUGAAGACCAAGACCAACUCGGGCGUGGAGUUCAGCACGGCUGGCCACUCGAACCAGGACACCGGCAAGGUGUUCGGUUCGUUGGAAACCAAGUACAAAGUGAAGGAAUACGGGCUGAACUUCUCGGAGAAAUGGAACACAGACAACACGCUCACGUCGGAGGUGUCGGUCGAGAACCAGCUGGUCAAGGGUCUGAAGGUUUCGUUCGAUGGCAUGUUUGUGCCGCAUACCGGGUACGUGCCGCGACUACGAUCAUACAGUUACACCUUGUCUUACAAAUACACAAGGCACAAGCCACCGAAAUACGCUGUGGAACAUCAUCCCCGGAACAGUAGUAGUAGUGGUUCUAACUUUUUCACUUUGUCCUACAGAAGCAAAACCGGUCGCUUCAAGACUGCCUAUUCGCAUGACCGUGUUCGUGUCGAUGCCGACUUCAACGUUGACCUGAGCGGACCGUUGGUCAAUGCGUCCGGUGUCGCUAACUACCAGGGCUGGUUGGCCGGUUACCAGGUUGCAUUUGACUCUCAGAAGUCGAAAAUCACCGCUAACAACUUCGCUCUCGGCUACUCGGCCGGAGACUUUGUUCUGCACACCAACGUUAACGAUGGCCGUGAGUUCGGUGGUCUGAUCUAUCAGCGAUGCAACGAUCGUUUGGAAACGGCCGUUCAGCUGUCCUGGGCCUCGGGCUCGAAUGCCACGAAGUUUGGCAUGGCUGCCAAGUACGACUUGGACAAGGAUGCCUGCGUCCGUGCUAAGGUCAACAACCAGAGCCAGAUCGGUCUCGGCUACCAGCAGAAGCUCCGUGAUGGUAUUACUCUGACAUUGUCCACGCUCGUUGAUGGCAAGAACUUCAACGCUGGCGGCCACAAGAUUGGCGUUGCUCUAGAGCUGGAGGCUUAAGCGAGCGCGCGCGCUUAUGUGUGUGCCGUUUUUGUGUUCUUGCGCCCUUUUCCACCCCCUCUAAAGCCCCGUGCGUAAAACCAGGUGUUGCGGAUACAAUUGAAUGUGGGGCUGCAGUGGGUGUAGUUUGCAAAGUGUUUUAAGAAAUAUUAAACGAUCGAGGGAAUCCUUACCACAUAUAUCUACUACUAAUGCUACAGUUUAAAUAAAUUGAGAACCGCUGGACAUCCAAUCCUAUACAAUACACUCACAGAAAAAGGAACACACAUUAUUUAAGAGAAUGGCACCAUCGAAAACAGCAUCAAGCAGCAGCAGCAGCUAUCGGCAACGAAAGGAGGCUCGAAAUACCUUCCUUCCAAGGAGAAAUGCUAUCAGGAUGCGUUGGUUCAAUGCGAUUAGAGAUGGCCAUGCGCAUCUCAUCUCCCGGCAUUGCGCGGAAAACAAUUCGAAAAAUCUACCAAGACUCCCAUAGGAAAACAAAGAAAAUUGCCUAUAGUUUUCAUGUUUUCAUCCCUAUAAUGCACGUACUUUGCCCGGAAGAUACCGAAGGCUCUCAAUUCACAAACAAGACCGGGAUGAAAAAAGGCACAUUACACACACCACAAUGCACAGUCAGCUGAAGAACGUAUCAUCACUAACAAAGCUGCCGAAAUAGACACUCAAAGUAUAAGAAUAAAGUAAUUUAGUGUUUAGACUAGCCAAUAAACGUCGAUUAACGACCGAGAGGAUAGUGUGGAAUAAAUGCGGGCUACAGCUAAACCUCUAUUUCACAUUCAAUGUAUGGCAUGGUUCCUCAGCUUUAAUGUAUUGCCAAUCCUUGUCGCUCCGCUUGAUAUUUCUCCGGAAGGGAUAUAUUUUCUGUAGCAAAGGAAAUCGGCCCGAACUUGGAAAUUUUGGAUAUAUUGAAUGAAUAAAUAGUUGCAUGUAUGGAA